AGCAGGGGAGGGUCAAGGUGUGGACGUGUCACGUGCGUGUUGGCCUGGUGUGGGGGCCCGCCCGUGCGCGCUUACUGGCCUUCCCCCUCUAUCGCGGAAGGAGCCCGUGCCAACCAGGCAGGCAGCCAGGCACCCAAUCAACGGACGGCCAGCCGGCAGCCGUCGUAGCGGGAGCCGGGAGAAUAGUAAAGGACAAAUCAGACGAGGAGGAGCGUGGAGCGGGGACAGCCUGCGCUGCGCUGCCUUGCUCCGGCCGGCCGGCCCCCCACCUUAGCCCUUGUCCCGGUUCCCUCCUCCACCAUUCAAAUCUCCUGGCUUCGUUUCAGUUCGAUUUGAAGCGGGGCGGCAGAGGAGGCAGGGGGAUUGGGUCCGGGGACGACAUUUGGCGGCAUCAACCACACAGCACAGGCACAGCGCAGCACCAUGACGAUGGAGGGGGCGGUUUCCGACAACACCAAGGGCCUGGCGCUCGCCGUCGCCUCCAGCGCCUUCAUCGGCGCCAGCUUCAUCCUCAAGAAGAUCGGCCUCCUGCGAGCAGCCAAGUGCGGCGACCGCGCAGGUGGCGGAGGACACACUUACCUCUCCGAGCCUCUAUGGUGGGCGGGAAUGACCACAAUGCUGCUUGGGGAGGUCGCAAACUUCAUUGCUUACAUAUUUGCGCCGGCUGUACUCGUGACUCCACUUGGGGCGUUAAGCAUAAUCGUAAGUUCAGUGUUGGCGCACUUUGUGCUCAAGGAGCGGCUUGAGAAGCUCGGGGUCCUUGGCUGUGUGUCGUGCAUAGUAGGUUCAGUUGUUGUUGUCAUGCAUGCUCCUGAAGAGCAUAUGCCUAACUCUGUCAAGGAAAUCUGGAACCUAGCUACUCAACCAGGGUUUCUAGCAUAUGUGGUGACAGCAUUGUUACUUGUGGGAGCGCUAGUACUCUUCUUUGAACCUCGAUACGGUCAGACUAACAUCCUGAUAUAUCUGGGUAUCUGCUCUUCAAUGGGAUCGCUAACGGUCGUUAGCAUCAAAGCCAUUGGUGUUGCCAUAAAGCUUACGUUGGAUGGGGUGAAUCAGGCUGCUUAUCCAUACACAUGGCUUUUUCUUAUGGUUGCAAUUGUUUGUGGGGUUUCUCAAAUAAAUUACCUGAACAAGGCAUUGGAUACCUUUAAUCUGGCUAUUGUCUCUCCUAUAUAUUAUGUAAUGUUUACUACCCUUACAAUAGUGGCAAGUGGAAUUAUGUUUAAGGACUGGGCUGGUCAAAGCUUAAGUAGUAUUGCUUCUGAAUUAUGCGGCCUGAUAACCAUCCUUUCUGGGACAAUUUUGUUGCACACAGCAGAGGAGGGAGCCAACAAUUCUGCAGCUUUGUUGCCUUGGCCUUUGGAUAAAGGGUCUAUAUCAUGGUGUAUCAACUUAAGCAGUGACAAUCUUCUAAAGAAUGUCGAAGAGGACUACUUCACAGCUCUGCAAAGUUCACCUGCCCCAGUAUAAUGAAGAAACUGAUAAAUAUCUAAAAGGGAACAUGCAAAUCAAGGUGUAAAUCUUAACAGUGCCAGAAAUCUGGCAGUUUUGGGUGAGGAGAUUCUACCUGCCAUUUUUCGGUUUGUACAUAGGAGCCUGUAACAUUUGUGGUUUUUUUUAUAUGGGCCAGGAUAGAACUUCUCCAUUGUUUGUUCAAGGCAAGCAGAAUUAUCGCCUGCAUGUUGUAUUUUGUAUAAAUGUUCAUCCUUUAACUAAAACUCAGAAGUGAAGAUUGAUAUAUCUAGCUGCUGUGUUCUACGUUCUCGAA